AUGCCCGUCAGGGCAAAAUUUGGACCGGCUCCUGGCUUCCUCGGGCGACAGCGGGCAUGGCGGUCUGGUGAGCCUGGGCCGGCACAGAACGUGCCGGGGCCUGGGGAUACCGCAUCGACCUCCACCCGCGGUGUGCACACACGCGCACGCCCCCGCCGGCUGCAGGACGCCCAGGGCCCACCAUCCAUCCCCGCAGCCUCCUUCACGGUCCCACCAAGCAGCAACUCACGGAAGGCGGUGGCCACUGUCACGAGGUUGCACGGAGUUGCCUUCCCACACGCAUUUCGCGUCCAUGGAGGCCGCCAGGUACCUCGACCGCACACCAAACGCCGGACCGUCGGACCAGAACUCACCUCUCCCACGAGUGGCCUCCUACCGGCCCACGGCUGCCGUGGGGCGCAGGAAGGACUCCAAAUGACUCCCAGUGGCCCUGUGCUCACCGCUCUCGAAUGCCCGGUCCUGCCGUCCAUCCGGUUCCUCCAUCCCGCCACGACGGCCCGCCACACCGAACGCACAGGCGCCUGGCCGAUUGUCACCUCUGCAACGACACAAGCGCCUGGUACUGGCCGCAGACCCUCCGUUCUCAGUCGUCUCCUUUUUCGGUGUCGCGGACUUUGCCCGAACACCGCCGGUGAGAACGGCAAGCCCACGUGUGCCGUCAGGGGCGGAUUUCCGGCAGCGGUCCGGUGGUCGAGAGAAGUGGGGUCAGUGGCAGGUUGCUGCCAAAGCCUGGGCGUCCGCUUGGAAGCCGAGAGAAGUUCCAGCCGCUAGAAGACUGACUGGACUGUCUGAACUCUCUGCUCCGUGGCUUUGGGCGGAGGC